CGUCAUUUUGCUCCAUAUUGUCCUUUUUUCCCCUUCUUUCUUAAAAGGGAGGAGAAUCAUGAUCAUAACUGGAGGAAGCACAAGGAGGUAGUAGUUUCUUAUUACCUCGACUCCAUUGUCUCUCAAUUUCACCCAAUACCUAAUACAAACAUGGAGAUGGCAGCAAUUCUUCCGGCCCUCACAUCUUUAUCCUUUAAGGAUAAAUCUGAUGAGGCCUAUGACCGUGAAAUCAGAGAUUUCAUCACAUAUAUCAAACAAUUGCUUACAAAUAAGAAUUCUAGUAUCAUAUCUGACAGUGACAGGAUUCUAGAUGCUCUUGAUCCUUCAAUACACAGUCUGUCUUAUUUGUUCAUCUUACGUUUGCGUUUCCUUGCAAUCCAAAAUAACAGCAAUAAAACCUUACCCGAUGUCCUGCAUCCUGGUGGGUGCAUUUGGUCGAGAGCAGCUCUGUUUUUGAACGAGUUUGAUCCUGUUCAAAUCAGGUAUGCAGGCCAUGAAUGGCGUCAGCUUGUUGAGCUUGUGAUUCAGGGCGCGGAAGCAGUUUCAAAGCCACUUCUUGCAGUCCCACUUGUCAGAAAUGCAAUGCUUCGUCUGGAUCCUUCGUGUGUUACUUUCACAUCUACACACCUAGCUUUUGUCAGACUUUGCUUGCAUGCGAAAGCAUACACACAUGCACUGCCAAUCAUUGACAGGUAUAUCUGUCAUUUUCCCAUAAAUUAUGAGCAUCUACAAUCUAAAUUUCGCCGGCCACUAUGUGCAGAGCAUGGGUCUAGUUCAGCUUUUAUCACUGACGACUCGGAGUUGUCUGCCAAGCUCACAUAUAAAGACCACUUGCAGUACUUCCUAUACGGAGGAAUGCUAUACAUGGCUCUCAAAAAAUGGAGCAAGGCCCUUCAUUUUCUAAGUAUUGUUGUUUGCUCUCCCGUUGUCAACUCAGUCAGCAUGGUUAUGGUGGAGGCAUACAAGAAGUGGGUUUUAGUUAGCCUCCUGGAACACAAAAAGUCUAUUGCCCUGCCGAAUGUGGUCACUGCUCAGACGGCGAAGAUCUACCGAUCGCUUGCAAGGCCGUAUAUUGCUCUCGCGACUUCCUUUGAUGAAGACAACUAUGAGAGAUUAAAAAUUGAUAUUGAUGUCGGAAGAUCUAUAUGGCAAACAGAUAACAACACAGGGCUUGUUUUCCAAGUAAUGGAAAAGUUUCGCAGUGCGGCUAUUCUCAGGCUUGGUAGGAGUUUCGCAGCCCUGACAGUGUCAGAUGUGGCAGCACAUGUGUCACUUUCUUCAAUUUCCACUAAGGAGAUGGAGUCAUUCCUUGCAUCACUCAUAACAUUUGGGGUUAUGAAUGCUACGUUAUUCCAUUCCUGCGAUAAAUCCAGCAAGACGACACUUCGCUUUUUGAUGAAGACCUCGGGGCUUUCUGCUGCGCAAGAACUUCGUGCACACAAGCGUUUGCUUCAAGAAGCACAUUUGUUGAGAGUUCUUGUGGAUAAUAUCAUGCAAAGCAACCAUGUUUUGGAGUUGAGCUCUGAGCAUAUUGAGGAUUUACGCAAGACUCAAAGGCGAGUUGAAAACGGCGCCAAAGGAAAUAGUGAUAUGCCCAUUGGCGGUGAAGUAAGUGAGUUUGACUUUGAUGAGGAUAUGAUGGGAGAUUUGCACUGAGAUAUGUGUGAUAAUUGUAUGUUGACACAUGGCCUGCUAUAUGAAACUAGCAGCAUGAAACUUAGCUGGUGAACAUGAUGAUGAUGACUUCCAUUUUAUAGACCAUUUUUCAGUCUAGGACUAUGCAUGGUCUACCCCCUUCUAAAGGAGGGUUUGGGUCAGCUAGCUAAGGACAUGAAUAGGCUUUGCCAUAUAGGAGUCAGAUAACAAGGGUCACAGAGACAGUAGAAUAGAGAUAAAUAGUAGGGAAUAUGAAAUAGGCAUAGAGUGGAGGGAUAUUUUAUACAUAGGAAAAAGGGAUAAAGAAUGAGAAGAUAGAAAGAAAUGGCUAUAUAAAUAUAACUGAAGGUAUAAGAUAG